UAUGCUACGAAUGGUGGAAAACCAAACUGAACAAAACCCCAAUUUCAAAUAACCAAAUUUCAGCAAAAUUCAACAAUUUUCUCUCCCAUUUUCAAGCACCCACCUUUUAUUUUUUCUGGAGAGAGAAAAUUAGCCUGAAAAAGGGCUUUUUUUGGGUGAUAGAGGUUAUACAAUGGCAGCAUCAGCUUAUGCAGGAACUUCAUCUUCAAUGGCGGCUGCAACUACUGGGUUGCUUCCACGUGUCCACGCUAACCACUCUUCCCGCCUUUUAGCGUUACCUUAUCUCCCUCCUCCCAGUUCCUCUACUUCAUCGUUGAGGAUCUUCUCCAACAAUUUGUCUGAGUCAAGGAGGUUUUCUUCCCUUCAGGUCAAGGCUUCCUCAACAGAAGAUACCUCAGUUGAUAGCACUGAACUACUUAGUGACCUGAAAGAGAAGUGGGAUAAACUUGAGAAUAAGUCCACAGUAAUUAUAUAUGGUGGUGGGGCGUUAGUUGCAGUUUGGAUAUCUUCCAUUCUUGUUGGUGCUAUCAACUCUGUCCCUCUGCUUCCUAAGAUCAUGGAGUUGGUUGGGCUCGGAUACAGUGGAUGGUUUGUUUACCGAUACCUUCUUUUCAAGUCUAGUAGAAAGGAAUUAGCAGAAGACAUCGAAUCAUUGAAGAAGAAAAUUGCUGGAACGGAGUAGAAUUACACGUAGCUACAUCUGACUAGCAAAAUUCAAAAUGAGAGGAUUUGGUUCCUAUCCAUGUUGUAUUAUAGGCCAUAGAGCUACUAUGUAUUCCAAUUGCUUCUGUCUCCAGUUUUAGUAUUGGAAUGUUGUUGAUAUGGAUAAAUCAUAAAUCUACAUGCUAUUUAUAUAUAAUUCAAGUGGCUUUUUGUUGCUCUGUGUA